AUGUCUUUAAUGCUCCUUAGUAGGUUUCGAAGCAACCUUUCAAGAGGGAGUCGGCAGUACUCGCAGUACGCUGCAAAUAACCAGAUCUACAUUCAUGAAAACCUAGGUUCGCAACUUUUCAAUGUUUCUCUUUCACCAAGCAAAUCGGCUAUUCCCAUGGGGUACAGCAAAUCAAGCACUUUGGUAACUCCACAAGAGUUCAAGUCCAAUGGAGAAUUUGUCGAGUUGUUGCACAAAACCAUAUCAGAACAAGUAUUUGACGAUUUUCUGUUUAUCAUGGAAGCAGGAGUCAAUGCAAACUCGUUCAUGCCAAUUUACGAUUUUAGAGAGGUUCCUCGUCAUGGACGAACCCCAGAGGUAGACAGUAUUUUGGGGUAUGUGCAGGUUGGUGGUGAUGGGAAAAUGAUCAAGCCUAGUUAUGAAGCCAACUCCAUGUAUCGUUUAUGCAACGGCGCGGGCUUGUUGCGGCUCAGCGACCAUCUCUACGAAAAGGUACGCGAGGCUUGUGAACGGAAAUGA